AACCCGUCCGUCUUGCCAUUUGGUCAUUUAGUAAACCCACCUGAAACCAUCGAGUUUUCUCGCUCGGCAAAAUCACAUUGAAGUUGGACAUUUUGCUUCAAAUUCACAUUCCAUCUGCUCUAAUCAAGUGAAAGAGGGUGACAGAGAUGGCAUCUGGUUGGGGAAUCAACGGCACCAAGGGCAGGUGCUACGAUUUCUGGGUCGACUUCAGCGAGUGUAUGUCCCGUUGCAGAGAGCCCAAGGACUGUGCUCUCCUCCGUGAAGACUAUCUCGAGUGUCUCCACCAUUCCAAGGAGUUUCAACGAAGAAACCGAAUUUAUAAGGAGGAGCAACGUAAACUAAGAGCUGCAGCACGAAAGGACAAGGAAGGCGAAGCUGGUGUUCACCAUCAUGGAUAGUGAGAAUUUGUUGAUCCUUUUAAAUUCCCAAGAAUAAUAGAAUGGCAUGGAAGUUGUUUCAUCUUCCAAACUUUUUUCCUUCUUACUUUGGGUUUCUCUUUCCUUGAAAUGAAAUCUUGUUGUUUUGAGCCUAUGCCAAGAGGCGUUAAUUAAUCUUUGCUAGCAUCAAUGAUUUGGGAA